AUUAAUAUGUACCUAUGGAAACCGUAUACAAAACAAUUUUAUUUAGACAGACAUUUUUGCCAUGUCUGUUAAGCGUUAAAAAAUAGUAUUAUUUUACUGGAAAAGGACAGUUUAAAAAAGAAUUAGACUAUUAUUUAGUGAGAAUGAGCGAUAAAGAGUCUCCUCCACCAUAUUACAGGCGCGAAGAAACCAAGCUGCCUUAUUUAGACAAAUGGGGUAGAGAAAUGCUAGCCCCCUUAAGGAUGUACGAUCAGUUUGGUCGCGAAAGGAUCCCUGAACGACCUCCAUUUUUACCAGACGCAGGACCAGAAGUGUUCCCGGAGCCAUCCACUUACGUUAAAAGGGUGCGCGAAAUUCACGAAUACGAGCCCCUAUUCGCAACUAAGUCUUGGACUAAAGCCAUUCCAAAAAGACACACUUUUGAAUAUUAUAGGCCUAGUGAAACUAUUGGAGCAAAUUACACACCUUCGGCGCAAAAAUUCAGGAUUCAAGAUAUGCCUCCGCGUAAAAAGAAGAAAAAGGAGGAAUAUGGACCUGUAGGGCCUGACGGUAUUUUUAUUAAAGACGCUAUAAUAAAUCACAACCGUAUUAAAAAUUACAUUUUAAUCCAAGGUAAACUUCGGUUCCCUCCCCUGAAAAAUAAAGCUCAAAUUAAAGCCGAGAAAAAGUGGCUAAAGGAGCUUGAAAAACGCAAAAAAGGCGAAGUCAAAGGACUCGUAACGCUUCAGGAGUUAUUAAGUGGGGAAUACUGGAAAAAAAAGGAAGAAAAAAAGGAGAAGAUAGAAAGGAUAAAACAGAAGAAAUUGAUUAAAGAAAUGGAGGAAGAAAGGAAAAAACUGCUAGAGGAAGAGAUGAAGCUUGUCAAACUUCAGGCAGAGUUACCAACACAUCCUGAUGACCAAAAAAAUCAACUUCUUACUCAAAUAAAUUCAGAAUUAGCUAAGCCAAUAAGGGAGGAAGACGUUAUAAGAAUCAACUAUUAUUUAACAAAGGGAAUGGAACCUCAAUACAUAUCCCCAUAUGACAAAACUUACUACAACGAAGCGAAAAAUAGAAUACCACAACGGUACCAACUACUCAAAGAUUACGAAUUCAUCAAGAGGACGUAUCUCCCUGAUCUGAUCAAAUUUUACGACGAUGAAAUGCGUGUAAAUCUGUUCAAGUACAUCCUCAAAGAUCCUACCGAAUGGAGGAGACUCAGAAUCGUGACUUUUCCUGUUCAUUACCCGAUUUUGGUAAUAAGGGCACCGGUACCGUGGCAUGCACAUUACACCAUAGCAAAAGAAAGGAUACUCAUGAGAUGGAAUGUAGGAAACAUUGUCCUUAGAGAAAUUACGAAAUUGUGGAACUCACAGUACCAAAACUUGUUAAUUUUGCCGUGGCACAGAAUUGAGGAGGACGGUCCCUUGCCAAUCACUCCCCGCGCUCUAGAAGACAAAGUACGAAAUGUUUGCAGCGAAGUUAAGGAGAUGUUGCUGCAGGAUUGGCUGGGAAAAUGUGCAGACAUCGUUCUAAAAUAUAGGAGCGAGUGGAAGAACAAGAUUCCGAAGAAUCCUGGAGAUACCGUGGACAACAUUAACAGAUUUUUUGACUGCAUUAACUGCUUAUUAUCUUUACAAUUGCGAAAAUUAUUAAUGAAAAGUUUGAAUCACUUUUUAGACUAUAUAAUGAAGUACAAGGAUGGUAACGAUUUUGGAGAUGUGUACGAAGACUUGACAUUGAUUAAUAUUCCUUUGGUAAAGGUGUCUGUAAAACCCGUUUUGGGAACUACAGAACUGCAUCUAGAUCCUCCUAUCGACCAAAUAAGGGAGCUCUUGCGUCUCAUAUUCCUUAUGAUAUUGGAUGUUAACAAAAAAAUACCUCGACUUGAGAACAUCAUUUUCCCAGAAUUCAAAUUCAAAGAAGCGUACUUGUAUUCGGUUGGAGAAGAAGAGGUUGCUUAUAUAAUCAAGAAAGGUAUGGAAAGCUUCGAGACCAACACAGUGGGUCCUGAGAAGUAUCUGACCAUGUACCAGGACUAUUUUUACAUUCUUAUGGGAGAAGCCAAAGUCGAACUUCUUGCAUUUUUCAACCAAGACCCGUUUCCCUACUUAAAGGAUUUCAUGAAAAAAAUUUACUAUUACGACGAUCUUAAGAAAGAACUCAUCAAGUUACGUAGAUCAAUACCAUUAAAUAUGUUGAGCCUUGAAUGUGAUAUUUUAAAUGACACCCUGUAUAACGUCAUAGACGGCCUGAGGCAGUACAUUGUUGAUUAUUUCAUUAACGAAAAUCAUAAUCACAAUAGAAGAAUAUGCGACACUUUUGACGAAAUGUCCCAGAAAGUCAGUCAAACACCGGAAACUGUACCGGAACUGGUCGAACUAAUGAAUUACGUCGCUGAGAGUCGCGAUGUUACAAUGUUCAAUUUAAGAGAAAAAAUACGGCUAACAGCCGAAUAUGUGCUUUUCCUAAUGGAAUGUGCUCUUUUAACCACCGAUGAUAUAAAUUUGAACUGCAGAGUUUUUGUUUGGCCAAAAGACAUGGAGAAUGUUAUUCAAUUGGCCCUUCAACGGCUCAAUAUGAAAAAAGAUCAGGCAGAGAUCGCGCUCAAGAACAAGAUCAUCCUGUUCGACGCCAAACUCCUCAAACACCAGAAACAACUGAACGUUUUCAAGAAGAAGGAUCCUCCAGUGUUGACGCUCGAAGAGAUGCAAGAAUGCAAUGAAAUGGCUGACGUGAUACUACAAAGAUUACAAGAAGAUAAGCAAGAAGCAGAACUGCUUAACGAAGAAGAACAAUAUUUGGACAUGGAUUCUUCGCCAUUUUUGAACUUGUACGAAAUGCUUAACACCGUGGAUCCUUAUGUGAAAUUGUGGCAUACAGCAUACGAAUUUCACGUCAAUUAUGACGUCUGGUACUAUGGACCAUUUGCUGCCCUUGACGCUGACGCUGUGGUCGAGGAGGUAGAAUCCAUGUGGAGAACUUUAUACAAAUUGGCAAAAACUUUUUCGGACAAUCCGGCAGCAAGAAGAAUAGCCGAAACCGUCAAGGCGAAAGUAGAAAAGUUCAAACAAUUCAGCAUUGUGUUGCAGACAAUUUGCAAUCCAGGAAUUCAGGAGAGACAUUGGGAAAAGAUCAGCGAAAUUUUGGGGUCUCCUAUCAUAAUCACACCCGAGACGACUUUAAGCGAUAUGAUAGAAGCAGGACUGCCCAGGAUUUCGGCCCAACUAGAAGAAAUUUCUGGAGGUGCCACCAAAGAAUACGCUCUCGAAACCAACUUGAAGAAGAUGAAAGAGGAAUGGGUCGACAUCAUGUUCGAAUGCGUUUUAUACAGGGACACUGGUGUUCAUAUAUUGUCAGCAGUUGACGAUAUUCAAGUACUAUUAGACGAUCACAUUCUGAAAGCGCAGACCAUGAAAGGAUCUCCUUACAUUAAAGCUCUCGAAGAAGAGAUGAAUGCGUGGGAAGAAAAGCUACUCAAGAUGCAAGACAUCAUCGAAGCGUGGCUAACAUGUCAAGCUACGUGGAUGUAUUUGGAGCCAAUCUUCAGUUCUGAGGAUAUUAUGCGUCAAAUGCCAACUGAAGCCAGGAACUUCAAGCAAGUCGAUAAAGUGUGGAGGAUAAUAAUGGCAAACACUAUACUGGACACCCAUGUUCUUGUCGCUACUGAAUACAGGAACAUGUUGGGAAUGUUGAGGGACAAUAACAUGCUUUUAGACGAAGUCCAGAAAGGUCUAAAUGAUUAUUUAGAGAAGAAGAGGCUGUACUUCCCAAGAUUCUUCUUCUUAUCGAACGACGAGCUUUUGGAAAUUCUGUCCGAAACCAAGGAUCCUCUGAGAGUGCAACCACAUCUGAAGAAAUGUUUCGAGGGAAUUUUCCUUUUGGAGUUCACACCUGCUGGAGAGGUUAUCGGGAUGAUAAGUUCGGAGAAAGAAAUCGUUCCCCUUAGCGGAAAAAUCGUACCAGCCGAAGCUAAAGGAAUGGUCGAAAAAUGGUUACUCCAAGUGCAAUACCUGAUGAUCCAGUCCAUGAAAGAUCUUACCACAGAAUCCGUUCAAACUUACGCAGAAACAGAUAGGAGAAGAUGGAUCUUAAGCUGGCCCGGACAAAUUGUCCAAUGCGUCGACUGUAUAAUGUGGACGACAGAAGUUACAGAUUCGAUAAAGUUCGGACGGUUGAAGGAACAAGUGGAGAGAUGUAAUGAUGUCAUUCAAACGAGCGUCAAUAUGGUUCAGGAGAAGCUGGAACCCGGAAGUCAGAUAACAGUAGAAGCUCUCAUAGUUAUCGAUGUCCACGGGAGAGACGUUGUCAGAGACAUGGCAAAUAAGAAUGUGAAAAGUGUGGCAGACUUCGAAUGGAUUUCGCAAAUGCGCUACUACUUCAUUGAAGAAGAAAAUUCUGUUAAUGUUUGCAUGAUUACGACAACGGUGGCGUAUGGUUUUGAAUAUUUGGGCAACAUUGGCAGACUUGUCAUAACACCUUUGACGGACAGAUGCUUCAGAACUCUAAUGGGAGCACUGAAGUUGAAUCUGGGCGGAGCACCUGAAGGGCCUGCAGGUACUGGAAAGACAGAGUCGUGCAAAGACUUGGCCAAAGCUGUCGCAAAAAAAUGUGUAGUUUUCAACUGUUCAGAUGGUUUGGAUUAUAAAGCUUUAGGGAAGUUCUUCAAGGGUCUUGCUCAAUCCGGUUCGUGGGCGUGUUUUGAUGAGUUUAACAGAAUCGAGUUGGAAGUAUUAUCUGUAGUGGCACAACAGAUUUUAAGUAUUCAAAUGGCAGUGGCGAGCCACUUGGAAAAAUUCAUCUUCGAAGGGACCGAAAUCACUUUGGAUCCUACAUGUACCGUAUUCAUUACGAUGAAUCCUGGGUAUGCUGGAAGACAGGAGCUUCCCGAUAACUUAAAAGUACUCUUCCGAACGGUAGCCAUGAUGGUACCGGAUUAUGCGAUGAUAGGAGAGAUAUCUUUGUACUCUUACGGAUUUUCGGAAGCUUCAAGUUUGGCUCAAAAAAUCGUGCACACCUACAAACUUUGCUCCGAACAACUGUCGUCUCAAAAUCAUUACGAUUACGGCAUGCGGGCGGUCAAGUCAGUUUUAUUGGCCGCGGGAGCGUUGAAAAAACAAUACGGAUCUUAUCUCGAAAGUCAAAUUGUAUUAAGGGCGAUCAUUGAUGUUAACAUGCCAAAAUUUUUGGCCCAGGACGUUCCGUUAUUCGAAGGGAUUUAUUCAGACCUGUUUCCUGGAGUAGAACUGCCCAAAUUCGAACGAGACGAUUUGUUAAGGCAUCUAGGGAAAGUUUUGGAAGACAAAAAUUUACAGGCAACUCAGUGGUUUAUGGGAAAGUGCUUGGAGAUUUACGAAAUGAUCUUGGUUCGACAUGGACUAAUGGUUGUAGGGGAGACAUUGGGAGGUAAAACGUCCGCCUAUCAGUCACUUGGCGAGGGUCUCACGAAAUUGUCUGAAGACAGGAAGGCCAAGUUAAAAGAGUAUCGAGUGAUAUUCAGGAUAAUUAAUCCGAAAGCGAUUUCUAUGGGCCGUUUGUACGGCCAAUUCGAUCCAGUUUCUCAUGAAUGGUACGACGGCGUUUUAGCGACCACCUUCAGGGAAUACGCCAUGGCCCAAACUAUAGACCGCAAGUGGAUCUUGUUCGAUGGCCCGGUCGAUGCCGUCUGGAUAGAAAACAUGAACACCGUGCUCGACGAUAAUAAAAAACUUUGCCUCAUGUCGGGCGAAAUCAUUCAGAUGACGAAUAAAAUGAAUUUGAUUUUCGAACCGGCCGAUCUAGAACAGGCUUCUCCGGCCACCGUAUCGCGUUGUGGAAUGAUUUAUUUCGAACCGCGACUCUUGGGCUGGCAAGCAUUCAACGAGUCGUACAUUUCAAAAAUUUCCAACAUCCUCAUCCCCGAACAAGUUGACAUGUACCGCGAAAUUUUAGACUGGCUUAUACCCUGCUCUUUUGAAUUCAUUAGUAAAAAUUGCAAGCAGUUUUGCGAAAUCUCUCAGAUCUUCCUCUUCCAUCAAUUCACGAAAUUCCUUUCUGCCUUUAUCAUGAACGAGAGUCAAGUGAGUACCAUUUGGCUGCAACUUGCUCUGGUCUUUUCAAUUCUAUGGGGAUUGUGUUCGGCCAUGACGGGGGAAGGAAGAAAGAAUUUCGACGUGUUUUUCCGAAAACUGGUAACGGGAGACGAUAAGAACAAUCCCAAGCCUCAGGCUUUCCGGUUGCAAAAGAAUCAGCUGUUCCCCGAAAGGUCUAGUAUUUUUGAAUGGGUCAUCGAUAAGAAAAACAACGGUACUUGGAUUUCGUGGACAGAAACAGUCGAUAAACUCCAGCAAAUCCCACAAAAUGCAAAGGUAAGUGAAAUCAUGAUCCAGACGAUGGAGUCGUGUUGUCAGAAGUAUUUCCUCAACAUGUGCCUGAACAAUAAACUUCCGAUAUUAUUUGUUGGGCCAACCGGAACAGGGAAGUCGGCAGCUGUUUUGGAUCAUUUGAUCAAUAUGAAUAAGGACAGAUUUUUGCCAAACAUUGUCAAUUUUAGUGCCAGAAUUAGCUCACAAAUGACACAAGAAAUAAUAAUGUCCAAAUUAGAUAAAAGAAGGAGAGGUGUUUUUGGACCGUCGAUGGGAAAAACGUGCGUGCUAUUCGUGGACGAUUUGGGAAUGCCCCAAAAGGAACAGUGGGGGGCUCAACCCCCUAUAGAACUUCUUAGGCUCUGGAUAGACCAUGGACACUGGUUCGAUAAGGACACUUCAAUGCUCUACUUAGUGGAUAUGCUGUUUGUAGCGGCCAUGGGUCCUCCUGGAGGAGGCGCCAACGAAGUAACUCCAAGACUAUUGCGUCAUAUGCAAAUUAUCGGUACAGAUUCCUUUGAAGAUGCGACACUUAGCAAAAUAUUUCUUGCAAUUCUCGAUUGGCAUUUUGAUAAAGGAUAUGUCGAAAAUGUCUCCAGACUUUCGAGGAUGGUAAUAGCUGGAACUUUGGAGGUUUAUAAAGAGGCAAUCACAAAUUUUUUACCGACACCUUCCAAGUCUCAUUACACUUUUAAUUUGAGAGACUUUUCGAGAGUUAUUCGAGGUUUACUGUUGGUCCCACCAGCGAGAAUGACGGAAGGGGACAAGUUGGUUAAAUUAUGGAUACACGAAACCUAUAGAGUGUUUCAUGACAGACUUAUUGACGAUGGAGACCGGAGUACAUUAUUUCAAAUAGUACAAAAAUCAUGUUACGACAAUCUCAGACAACACAUGCAUAAAAUAUUGGAGAAUUUGAUCCCUGAAGGAGAAGAACUUGCACCAUCACAUGUUCGAAAUCUGUUUUUCGGAAACUACAUGGAACCAGAAUCGGACAAAAAAGUUUAUGAUGAGGUCAUGGAUUUAGAAAAACUUAUCGAAAACAUGGACUAUUACCUAUAUGAAUACAACAUGAUAUCAAGAUCUCCUAUGAAUCUUGUCAUGUUCAAGUUUGCUAUUGAACAUGUCUCCCGCGUUUCCAGGAUUCUCCUUCAGGACAAUGGUCACGUUAUGUUGGUCGGAAUUGGAGGAUCUGGACGACAUUCCUCAGUUAAACUAGCGGCUUUUAUGGCAGAAUAUUCAAUGUUCGAAAUAGAAAUAUCCAAAAACUAUGGAUUUAAUGAAUGGAGAGAUGAUAUUAAAGCCCUUUUGACCAGGGCAGGUUGUGAAGGGAAGCCCAUAGUUUUCCUAUUUGGCGAUACUCAAAUUUCUGACGAAACAUUCACGGAAGAUAUCAACAUGAUCCUGAAUACAGCAGACGUACCGAAUCUGUUUGCUCCCGACGAAAAAGUAGAGAUUUUAGAAAAAAUGCAGGCGGCCAGCAGGGACUCGGGUAAGAAAAUAGAAACGACCCCAGUGGCUCUCUACAAUUACUUCAUCGAAAGAGUUAAAAGCAAUCUGCAUGUGGCUUUGGCCAUGAGUCCCAUUGGAGACGCUUUCAGAGUGAGGUGUAGGAUGUUCCCGUCAUUGAUCAACUGUUGUACCAUCGACUGGUUCACACUUUGGCCUGACGACGCGUUAGAAAAAGUGGCCACCAUGUUCCUUAGUCAGACGGACAUCGACGAAGAAAUGCGAGAAAAGUGCGUGAUAAUGUGUAAGAAAUUCCACAUGACUGUCCAAAUGGCAGCUGAAUCCUUCUACGAGGAACAGAAGCGAAGAACAUACGUCACACCAACGUCAUAUUUGGAGCUGAUACUGACCUUCAAAAAGUUUUAUUAUCAGAAAGUCGAUCAGAUAACCAUGAUGCGAAACAGGUACGAAAUCGGACUGGAAAAACUCGACUUCGCAGCAGGACAGGUUAGCGUUAUGCAGGACGAAUUGAUACAGUUGCAACCAAAACUGGUUGUCGCGUCUGGCAUCACAGAAAAACUGAUGAUCAAAAUUGAACAGGACACUGUGAUCGUUGAAAAACAAAAAGAGAUUGUUGCGUCUGACGAAGCUUUGGCCAACGAAGCAGCUGCUGCAGCUCAAGCUAUCAAGGACGACUGCGAAUCAGAUUUAGCUGAAGCAAUUCCUGCUCUAAACGCUGCACUGGAUGCGUUGGACACAUUAAAACCCCAGGAUAUAACCCUUGUGAAAUCCAUGAAAAAUCCACCGUAUGGUGUGAAACUUGUUAUGGAAGCUGUUUGCGUAAUGAAGGGGAUAAAGCCGGACAGGAAACCCGAUCCUUCGACUGGAAGAAUGGUCGAAGAUUACUGGGGUCCAUCGGUGAAGCUGCUGGCUGACAUGAAGUUUUUGGAAAACUUGAAAAACUAUGACAAAGACAACAUCAGUCCUGCAAUUAUGAAGAAAAUUCGGGACAGAUAUAUCCCGGAUAGAGAUUUUACACCAGACAACAUUAAGAAUGUAUCGACGGCCUGCGAGGGUUUGUGCAAGUGGGUGAGAGCGAUGGAAGUAUACGACAGGGUGAUAAAGAUAGUAGCCCCAAAACAAGAGAGGCUUAGGGCGGCCGAAUCGGAAUUAGCUCUCCAAAUGGAAACGCUCAACGCGAAAAGGGCUCAACUUCAAGGAGUUUUAGAUAAACUACAAGCUCUAAAUGAUGAGCUGGCCAGAGAAACAAAAAACAAGAAGGAUUUAGAAGACGAGAUCUUACUUUGCUCUCAAAAACUCGAAAGGGCAGAAAAACUGAUAGGAGGACUAGGCGGAGAGAAGACCAGAUGGUCAGAAACUGCAGCAUAUCUCCAUAACUUAUUGGGUAAAGUGAUAGGCGAUGUUCUAUUGUCUGCGGGUGUUGUGGCAUAUUUAGGAGCAUUCACUGUAGACUUUAGAACUAAAAUUGUCAAAGACUGGAAUAUAUUUUGUACGGAUCUUUUAAUUCCUUGUUCAGCAACAUUUUCUUUGGUCUUUACUAUGGGCGAACCGGUCGAAAUUAGAGCAUGGAAUAUUGCUGGAUUACCAGUGGACAACUACAGCAUAGAAAAUGGUAUAAUUGCUACAAAAGCGAGACGAUGGCCGCUAAUGAUAGAUCCACAAGGUCAAGCCAACAAAUGGAUCAAGAAUAUGGAGAAGCAAAAUCGACUUCAAGUAAUAAAACUAACAGACGGUAAUUACGUGAGAGUUGUGGAGAAUUCUGUGACUUUAGGUAUACCUGUUCUUCUGGAAAACAUCCUGGAGGACAUUGACGCUGUUUUGGAUCCCGUGCUGAUCAGAAAUAUUUAUAAACAGCAGGGAGUAUGGUACAUGAAACUGGGAGACAACGUUCUAGAAUAUUCGUUCGAUUUUCGUUUUUAUAUUACGACCAAAUUAAGAAAUCCCCAUUAUCUCCCUGAAAUUGCUGUGAAAGUUUCACUUCUCAAUUUUAUGAUAACUCCUCAAGGUUUGCAGGACCAACUAUUAGGAAUCGUAGUGGCCCGAGAUCUUCCAGAGUUAGAAGAAAAAAAGAAUGUGAUGAUAGUGGAAAGUGCGAACAAUAAGAAAACACUAAAGGAAAUCGAGGAUAAAAUAUUGGAAGUUCUCUCUUCAUCCGAAGGCAACGUAUUGGAAGAUGAAACGGCCAUAAGAAUCCUAUCUUCGAGUAAAGUACUUUCCGAGGAAAUUCAGGCAAAGCAAGUGAUUGCGGCACAAACGGAGAUAGAAAUUGACGAAGCCAGGAACCAGUACAUACCAGUUUCGAAACAUUCGUCCAUCCUUUUCUUCUGCAUUUCGGAACUGGCGAACAUAGAUCCAAUGUACCAAUACUCUCUCAUUUGGUUCAUCAACUUAUAUAAUCAGUCGAUCACAAACAGCGAGAAAUCACCCGAGAUUGAACAGAGAAUAGUCAAUUUAAAUAGUCACUUUACCAACAGCAUCUACAGGAAUAUUUGUAGAUCUCUUUUUGAAAAGGACAAGUUGAUUUUUUCCCUAGUUCUGACGGUGGGAAUUUUUCGAUCGAAGAAAUUAAUCAGUGACGAGGUGUGGAACUUUUUAUUAACCGGCGGAGUUGCUUUGGACAAUCCCUAUCCCAAUCCAGGACCUGGAUGGUUAACAGACAAGAGUUGGUCUGAAGUUGUCCGAGCAAGUAACUUACCUGGAUUGGACAAGUUCAGAGAGUCCGUAGCUCGCAAUGUGGAGCAAUGGAAAUCCUUUUACGAUGCCCCCAAUCCCCACGAAACGCCUUACCCUCAGCCAAUGACUGAAGUAUCGGGUCUGGAGAAACUGGUGGUUUUGAGAUGCAUUCGUCCAGAUAAAAUAGUACCAGCUGUACAGGCGUAUAUAGGGGAAACUAUGGGUCAGGCAUAUCUGGAACCGCCGCAGUUUAAUUUAGGAGAAUCUUAUUCUGAUAGCAACUGUUGCUCACCGCUGAUUUUCGUACUGUCGCCCGGUUCUGACCCGAUGGCUGGCUUGAUAAGGUUCGCAGCCGAUCUGGGAAUCAAAAAGACACACUUGAUGACCAUUUCACUAGGACAAGGACAAGGACCAAUCGCGAGCCACAUGAUCGACGUAGCGCUUGUAACUGGACAAUGGGUUGUUUUGCAAAACUGUCAUUUGGCCGAAAGUUGGAUGAAGGAACUGGACCGAAUUUGCAACGAAGUUAUCAUACCGGAGAAUACGCACACUAAAUUCAGACUCUGGCUGACCAGUUAUCCGAGUAAUGCCUUCCCCGUGGCAAUUCUUCAAAACGGGGUGAAGAUGACAAACGAAGCCCCCAAAGGUCUUAGGUUGAACUUGAUGAGAUCAUACACGAGUGACCCUAUAUCUGACCAAGAGUUUUACGAGAGCGUUCCAAAUUGGAGAGCGUGGCAGACAUUAUUGUUUAGUCUAUGUUUCUUUCAUGCUCUCGUCCAGGAGAGAAGAAAAUUUGGUCCUUUGGGAUGGAACAUUCCGUACGAAUUUAAUGAGUCAGACCUGAGGAUUUGCGUUCUUCAGUUACAGAUGUUCUUAAGCGAUUAUAGGGAGGUUCCUUUUGAGGCAUUAACUUAUUUAACGGGAGAGUGCAACUAUGGAGGACGAGUUACCGACGACAAAGACAGAAGACUGCUCAAUUCGCUUUUAUCAAUUUUCUAUUGCCCUCAAGUUAUCAACACUCCUAAAUACGCAUUUUCUCCGAGUGGAAUCUACUACAUUCCGCAAGAUACUUCACGAGAGGGUAUAAUAGAAUACAUAAGAUCGUUACCUUUGAUACCAUUACCAGAGGUUUAUGGACUCCAUGAAAACGCAGACAUCACCAAAGACAACCAGGAGACAUUAAAUCUUCUCAACGGAGUCCUACUAACGCAAACUCAAAUAACCGCAGGAGGUGCCGGUAUGGAUACAGACGCGACUGUUGUGGAACUGGCCAAAGACAUCUUGGGAAAAGUCGAAGAACCUUUCGACAUUGGAGCAGUGAGCGCAAAGUAUCCAGUAAUGUACACAAAUUCGAUGAAUACAGUUUUAAGACAGGAGCUGAUUAGAUUCAAUAGGUUGAUUGUGGUUAUCAAAGCGUCUUUGAAAAACAUAAUAAAGGCUGUAAAGGGCCUCGUGGUGAUGAAUCGCGAUUUGGAGGGCGUGUAUCAAGCCCUGGUCGUAGGAAAGGUACCUGGACCAUGGAUGAGCAAAAGUUAUCCCAGUUUAAAACCACUGGGCUCUUAUAUCAACGAUCUAAUCCUAAGGUUGAAGUUUUUACAAGAGUGGAUAGACAAAGGACCGCCCAACGUUUUCUGGUUGUCUGGAUUUUAUUUCACCCAGUCGUUUUUAACUGGAGUUUUGCAGAAUUACUCAAGGAAAAAAGUCCUCCCCAUUGAUUGGAUUCAUUUCGAAUACUAUACAACGCAAUACGAAACAGAUGUUACCGAAGUCUUAGAAAUUGGCGUAUUUAUCAGGGGAUUAUUUCUGGAAGGCGCCCGAUGGGAUCGUCAAUUACGUCGCCUAAACGAAUCGUAUCCGAAAAUUCUGUUCGACACAAUACCAAUAAUGUGGCUAAAACCAGCAAUUAAAGCCGAGUACAAGCCUAGAAUGUCGUACACUUGUCCCCUGUACAAGACCAGCGCAAGAAGGGGUGUCCUGUCGACUACAGGACACUCCACUAACUUUGUCAUGUAUGUUAUUCUCGAUUCCGACAAAAAAGAAAACCACUGGAUCAACAGAGGAGUCGCAUCACUAUGUCAACUCGACGAUUGACUGAAUUUUAUACAUGUAUAUAUUUUUAAAUAAAAGUCCGUAAAAAAUAUUUAACUUUGUCAUUUUUAAUUGUAUAUAGUAUUGGCGAUUAUACACAAUAAAUUUUUGAGCAACUCCCCCCAUUAGUUCUGAUGUUUUAACCAACCUAUUUAUGUACACACUUCAUCUUAGUAGUAGCACCGUUAGAAUCGAUAAUAAUUUUUCUGGGGGUAAACUGCUUAAUAAUUUCAUCUUUAUCGGUUUCUAUUUCGGAAGAAUCUGUACGACUCCUUAUUGAUCCCGUAGAGCACUUUUCUUUCUCAGGUUGUUGUUUCGAUUUCUUGAAAGGUGAAUUUUCGUUUUGUUCGGCGUUUUCUUCUUCUUCAAAAGCAUACUCGCCUUCUUCAGGUAUGUUUUGAAUACUUGACAUAUUCUGUUCGUAGUCUGAAAAUAAACGCGUCUAAAGAUUGCAAUCUUACAGAUAGUGGUAUUGGUACAGACAACUCUGGCGUUGGUCCAAGCCACGUGGAGAGCCACAGUGAGCAUUUCGACCUUUUUCCCUCCUCCUCUGCCUGUUACACACGAAAUGGUCAGAUCUUUUCUGUUGGACAACAUAAGGCGGUAAAUCUUGCUGCAACAGUGAACAAUUCGUUUCUGUGGUUCGCUAUGGUUUAAUACGUUCGCAUCCAAAAGUUUCAGUUGGAAACAAUUACGACAAGAACAGGUUUUAUAAUCGGUGUUUGUUUCUACGCUUUUCUUAUCUGAUUUACUACUGUCCCAUAAACAUCUUGGUGUUUUAGUUUUUGAACAAUUUUGAGAUUCCAUCGCAUAAAAUUUCACUCACACAUUACCACUUUAAAUUAACACUUUUUACACUCACCCCCAUAACCAAUGUCAAAAUGACACAAUUAAAACCUUUAGUACCUACCUAAUUACAUGCCACCCCUGUAAAAUUUAUAAAAGUAUAAUUUCAAAAAUUCUGCCUAUUCAUGGAUGAGAUGUACUUACAGCGUAAUUUGAUAAACAAGGUGGAGCAAGAUUUUUUUUAUAUCUCUGACUUUAUUGCUUUAAAUAAAAACUUAAAUUAAUUAUUUGUAGUAACCUAUUAGUUUGUUUUAUUUCUGUCAAAAUCUGAUGUUAAAUUUCAUACAAUUUGAUUUCGCUAAAUUUUGUUUGUGUAAUUAAAAAUUAGUUGCUUAUUCUAUAAAUAUGAGCGACGGAGAUCCCCCACCAGUUCCCCAUGGACCUCCAAAAUCAAACCCGAAACCUAUGCCAGGGUUUAAGCCCACACCAGGCCCUCCUGCUCCACGCAUGAUACAUGAAGAUGAGACUAAAGAAAAUUCAAGAAACAGGCGUUGAUAUGUUAGAAAUAAAAAUUUGUUCAAUUGCUUGAACAAUUUGUAAUAACGUGAAUAAAAAUUUAAACCAA